AUGAGUACACAGGAAGGCCAAGCACAUUGUUCUCUUUUUAAAAUUGGGCUGCUUGGACCCUGGAACUGUGACCCCUUCUUUUCCAAAGCCUUUCCAGAGGUGGCUGCCAGGUUAGCACUGGAACGAAUAAGCAGGGACCCUUCACUAGAUCUUGGCCACAGGCUGGAUUAUGUGAUCUUGCAAGAGGAAUGUGUGACAUCAAAAGCUCUGGUUAGAUUCAUUGACUUUGGAAAGCUUUCCUCAGCUUUCAUAGGCCCUCUGAACCCUGGAUUCUGUGAGGUAGCUACACUUUUAGGGAAAAGCUGGAAUAAAGCCAUUUUCUCAUGGAUGUGCAUCAAUAACAAACUGGAUUCCACCACCCACCAUCCUGCUUUUGCAAGGACCCUGCCCUCUCCAACCCAAGUUUUGUUUACAAUUAUGAAAUAUUUCCAGUGGGCUCAUGUUGGCAUCAUUGCUUCCAAUGAGGAUAUUUGGAUGGACACAGCCAACAAGUUAGCAAGUGCACUCAGGAACCAGGGGCUUCCAGUAGGCAUUGUUACAUCCAUGCAUAAAGGAGAAAAAGGCAUUGAAGACACCUGGAAUGAGAUUCAAAAAGUUGAUGGCAUUAAAAUUAUACUUCUGUGCAUGCAUUCUGUGCUCAUUGGAGGGGAGGAACAGGCCACCUUGCUCACAAAAGCUCUGGAAAUGGGACUAGCAGAUGGGAGAUAUGUCUUUGUUCCAUAUGACACUUUACUGUACAGUCUUCCUUACCAAAACAACACAUUCAGUGUCUUUGAUAACAACACCAACCUCCAGAAAGCCUAUGAUGCUGUGCUGACCAUCACACUGGAGUCUGGAGAAAAGACUUUCUAUGAUGCAUUCAGGGAAGCCAAAGAAAAUGAUGAAAUAAUCAUGGAUUUGGAAACCACUGAGGUUUCUCCACUCUUUGGAACAAUCUAUGAUGCCAUUUACUUUGUGGCAAUGGCUAUAGACAGUGCUCGGAGGAAAGGAACCGGAGUCUUGGGAGCUAACGUAGCUGAGCACACAAAAAACCUCAGUUUCCCUGGAUUUAGUCACUGGGUAAAGACAGACCACUGUGGGAAGGGGCUGAGCAACUAUGUGAUACUGGACACAGAUGGUCGUGGGAACCAGCUCUUCCCAACCCACUUGCUAGACAUGUCUUCAGACUCUGUGCAGUCCCUAGGCCGGGCCACCCACUUUCCCAGCAAAACUCCACCCAAGCCAGACUCCAGCUGUUGGUUUGAUCCAGAUGUUCUCUGCACUGGAGGGAUUGAACCUGCAGUCAUAGUGUUGGGACUCAUGCUGAUGCUUGCCCUGGUGCUUUGUGCUGCAGGCCUGGCUUCUCUCAUCAGGCAUAGCAUCUUGAACAGCCAGCUCUUCAGGGGACCUAACAAGGUAAUACUGACCUUGGAUGACCUGGUCUUCAUCAACCCAGAGCUACAAAAAAAGAGGAUGACCUUGGCCAGCCUGGUUGAUGCAAACAGUGUAGCAGCUGACGGCAGAAGCCUGAAUUCCGUAACACGCUCCUAUUCCUUGAAAACCACAGCUGCCACCCAUGAAACCUCCAACGUGGCUUUGUAUGAGGGAGACUGGGUGUGGCUGAAAAAAAUUGAGACUGGAGCCGUUCACAAGCUGCGUCAAAGCUCCACCAACAUCUUGAGGAAGAUGAAAGAUCUGCGUCACGAAAACGUGAAUCUGUUCCUGGGCUUCUUCUCUGACUGUGGCAUCUUUGCCAUCGUCACAGAGUACUGCACACGGGGAAGCCUGGAGGACCUGCUGAGAAACCAAGACAUGAAACUGGAUUGGAUGUUCAAGUCCUCUCUUGUGAUGGAUCUAAUUAAAGGAAUUAAGUAUUUGCACCACCGAGAUCUUGCCCAUGGACGUCUCAAGUCUCGUAACUGUGUCGUGGAUGGUCGGUUUGUGCUGAAGAUCACUGACUAUGGCUAUAAUGAGCUCUUAGAAGCACAGAAAUGUCCAUAUGUUCAGCCACCCCCAGAAGAGUUGCUGUGGACGGCUCCCGAGUUGCUGAGGGACCCGGACAUGCGCAGAAAAGGCACCUUCAAAGGGGACAUUUAUAGCUUUGCAAUCAUCCUACAAGAAGUGGUUGUUCGAGGUCCACCAUACUGCAUGUCAGAAUUCUCAGCUGAAGAAAUUAUAAAGAAAGUGAAGAAGCCCCCUCCCCUGUGCCGCCCAAACGUAGCCCCUGAGAUGGCCCCCCUGGAGUGCAUCCAGGUAAUGAAGCAAUGCUGGGGUGAAGCCCCCGAACGACGUCCAACCUUUGAGGAGGUAUUUCUUAAGUUCAAAACCAUCAACAAAGGGAAAAAAACCAACAUCAUUGACUCCAUGCUCAGGAUGCUUGAACAAUAUUCAAGCAACCUGGAAGAUUUAAUCAGGGAGCGGACUGAAGAGCUAGAGGUUGAAAAACAGAAGACAGACAAACUACUGUCACAAAUGCUUCCCCCAUCAGUGGCAGAAGCCCUCAAGACUGGUGGUACUGUGGAGCCUGAGUAUUUUGACCUGGUGACCAUCUACUUCAGUGACAUCGUGGGCUUCACAACCAUUUCAGCCCUCAGUGAACCCAUUGAAGUAGUUGACCUUCUGAACGACCUCUACACGCUGUUUGAUGCUGUUCUUGGAAACCAUGAUGUUUACAAGGUGGAGACAAUUGGUGAUGCCUACAUGGUUGCCUCAGGGCUCCCAAAACGGAAUGGAAACAAGCAUGCAGCUGAGAUAGCCAACAUGUCCCUGGACAUCCUGAGCUCAGUGGGAACAUUCAGAAUGAGACACAUGCCAGACAUUCCCCUCAGGAUACGGAUCGGGCUGCACACAGGGCCUUGUGUGGCAGGUGUGGUGGGUCUCACCAUGCCACGGUACUGCCUCUUCGGAGACACGGUGAACACGGCGUCACGGAUGGAGUCCACAGGCCUGCCUUACAGAAUUCAUGUCAGCCAAAGCACAGUGGAUACACUUCGGAGUCUAAAUGAAGGCUAUGAAAUCCUUCCUAGGGGGAAAACUGAGCUGAAGGGUAAAGGAGUAGAAGACACCUAUUGGCUGGUUGGGAAAAAAGGCUUUCUGAAGCCAUUACCUAAACCUCCUGAAAUAAAGCCAGGACACAGUUGGCCAGAUGUGCUGACCAGAAAACUCAGAUCUGUCCUGAGGGGCACAAAGAGGACACUAGCAAAAGCAACCUUUAACGAGCUGGGGAGCAUGAAGGAGGAUGAAAUAAGCAUUGAAGAGGAUGAAAUCUGAGAAAACCACAGAAAGAACUAAUAAGAUCAAGAUGGGCAACUUGAAGCCAACCCAGCCGAGGAGCUCACACCCUCCAUUUCAUUCCCUUCCAGCCAAAAGCAGUAUAAUUGAUGAAGCCUCUUAGCUCUUGCAGAGGGUGAACCUGAGCAGGCAGGUGAAUCCUGACCAUCACCUCUUGUGAAAUUGGGCAUCAGCUCAGAGUUGUGUGUGUGUGUGUUUUUGGCAGGAAUCCAUUGGACAGCAAUGUGGUAGUGGUGGUAGUGCCAGCUCUUCGUCAGCAUCUGUCCCAAAGAUGAGCUGAAAUAAUAUUUUAUCUAGGUCUGCCUGGCAGCACAAACAUGUCCAGCUGCACUCGGGCCCUGAUUUAAACAGUAAUAUUAGUACUAAAAUGGUUCAACUGUUUUGCAUUAAAUAGAUUUUGUUGUUAUAGUCGUAGGAA